AUGACGACACGCUGUCUUGAUGGACUCCCUCCGUCCUCCUUUGAUGGUUGUUUGCUGCUGCAGGCGCUGAGUGAGUUGCUGCGGCUUGUGCUGCAGCGCAGCAGCAGUCUUCCUUCGCUAGCGAUAAGCUCUCAGCUUGAGGUGUACAGACACUGCAACACGGGCACUGCAGCAGCAGCAGAAGACUGGCAGGAUAAUACGUGGCUGUUUGUGCUGCGGGAUCCUCUUAUAGGAAUUGUGCCGCCCAGCAGCAGCAGCAGCAGCAGCAGCAGCGGUGCAGCAGCAGCAAAUCAGAGAAACAAAAGCAGUCUAGCACAGACAGAGUCGCUGCUCCUUGAACUCAGGAAGCAGCAGCUGCAGCACGAAGAAGGAAGGCAUCAGUUGCUGCUGCAAGAAGCAGAAGAAAACCCCAGCGAGUUAUUAGGCAUUGAGGCAGACUUCCUCUUGGACGUCCCCGGCAGCAGCAGCAGCAGCAGCAGCAGCAGGAGCAGCAAACUUCUUCGUACGCAUCCUGCAGCAGCCGAGCUGGGAGUUGCUGCAGGUGAGCGGCACUACUUACAGCAGCAGCAGCAGCAGCAACAACAGCAGCAGCAAAUAUCUCUAGACGGUGUAGAGGUGUUCAGGCACAGAGGCUUCGUUAGGGCGUGGCUUCAAGACAAAGCAGUGCUAGCUGAUGUUGUGCAGCAGCAGCAGCAGCACUGCAGCAGACUUGAGGAAAGAAAACGAAAGAUAGGGGUAGACUAA